UCCACGCCAAAGCCAAAGCCAAGCACAGCGCCGCAAAGCAAAGCACAGCACAGCACGGCUCUGCACCACCCGCGGGCGAGAAAACGACUCAGCCUCUGCUGUGACCUGAUCCCAGACCUCUCUUCCGGGACCAGGAAGACCUGGGCUUGGAAGCCUGAAGCAGAAGUCUUUGCACCUCGUGCCUGUCCGGCAUUAGUUUCUAGCCUUAGCCUGCGAGUACCUCCUAGUACUAGUCCAGCCAGUCAGUCACUCGGUCGCUCGGUCGCUCGCAUUCCUCGCUCGCCGUGUGGGCUCUUUUAUUAAGCACCGACUAGCGACAAUCCACGAGCAUUAUUUUCCUUUUUGGACGGCAAGCCCACGACCCAGUGCUGUGCUCCAGUCUUCGACCGCUUUCUUUCCGUCGUCAUUGCCAAGCGGCAACCUCCGGCCGCCAAACGACCCGACCCAGAGACAGUGGAACUCAGGUUCUGGAGGCAAAGAUCUACCUACACCAGACCACCGCCUACUUGACCUGCGGAACUACUGCUGUACUCCUGGAUUAUCACUUCGCUACUCGACACUCGACACUCGACAUCGUUGCGUGGCUGAGGAAUUGUCCGCCGCCUUCAACUCGACACCCCUUCCCCUUCCGCCCCCGACCGAGCAAGGGACUGCACUUCCUUUGUGGCUAUAUCGGCUCUCGCAACGCGUCUGACAACUACCACUCACCCGACACUGUCGAUAUACCACACCACCACCGCUGCCUCAGCUUGAUUUUGCGCCUCCCACUCCGGUCACCACUGACCGGCAUCAUACCACAUCAUGGCCUCGCCAUUACCUCCUGAUCCGUACCUAGCGUUAGGAGUCCCCAAAGAUGCCACCUCCGCCGCCGUCAAGAUGGCCCAUCGCAAGCUGGUGCUCAAGUGCCAUCCUGACAAAGUCACCGAUCCGGCAGAGAAACAAGCUGCCUCGGACAAGUUCCACAAAAUCCAGAGUGCCUACGAGAUUCUGAUUGACGAGAGCCGACGUGAACGAUAUGAUGCACAGGUGAAGUUGGCUGAGCUGAGAAAGGAGGCCUUGGCCCGCCACACGGAGCGACGACCUCGAGGCGCCGAUGUACGAUCAACCUCGUAUAGGCCGGAGCCACCUCGCAGUACAUACCCUUCCCGUGGGGAGCGUGUUGUACCACAAUACGAAGAGCGACGGCCGGACUACGCAGCAACUCCAGACUAUUUCACGGCGCAACCACGAACGACAGUGCACAAGGAACCAGACUAUACCGAGCGUCCCACACCGAAACGUGCUGCUGAGAGCAAAGAAAAGCCACGGGGUUUCACCCGCAGUAGUAAAGAUAGUGACAAGGAGCGCCGAAAAGAGAAGGUUCGGCAGGCGGAGCGUGAUGUUCGAAAGGAGCGCGAGCGAAAGCAAGAAACCUAUGUUGAAGACGACUCGGAAAGCGAAUUGGACGACUACCAAAGGAGGGCACGACGCAUGCGCGAGGAAGACGCCGCUCGACGAGCGAGAGACGCGUCGUAUCAACAGAUGCCUCGGUCUCAGAGGGAUGCUCCAGAAGUCUACCACGAUGAGCGCGCUCGCAAGAUGGCCGAUCAUUACGCCGAUGCGCGUGACUACAUAAACUCCACCCGUGGUGCAGUUCCCCGACCUAAGACGGAGGAGCGUAGACCAUCGCCCGUCCGUAUGGAAUCUUCCAAGGAUAGACUGCAGUCUGUCAAGCUUGAUCGUAGUGGACGACCCGCUGGUUUUGUCAGACGUAGUUCGGAAAGGCCCGGCAAGGAUUCCAGGGAUGAGAAGAAGCGUGAGAAAGAAUCCACUCGGAAGACCUCAUCGCGCACACCAGAGCGGCGUUCAAGUGCUGAGACCGUGGACGAGCGCAGACCUCCACCUUUGAAUACUUCGAAGUCAUCUCCCCCUGACAUGCACAUGGCGAGCGAGAAACAGCGUGCAGCCUCUCUCCAACCAGGGUCGACCGCUAUGCCACCCCCUCCUGUCAAGCGGUCUGACACCACGCCUCAGAACACUUCAGCGAGGCGAGGCGAGAACGUGCCGCCCAAGACUUCUCGCGCUACAGAAUUCACAAAUGGUCAGCCCACACCCGCCACGACACCCGACCACCAAGCUCCUCCACACGCCAAGGCCCCCUAUGGCAGUCGACCAUAUGCGGACGAUGCGGAGUAUGCCACCCCGGAAGGAUAUCGAACAUCGAAUCCACAGGAGCGAACGCGGCCAGCGUUCACGCGUCGGGUGACGAGGAGCCCUUCGCCUACGAAGGAAGCGCCGCGAGAACCGCUCCGCGAAUAUCCCUCGAGGAAUCGGGAGUCGAUGUAUGACACCAUGCCUAGGUCUCGCGAGGUUCCCUCGAGAGAGAUGCCAAGGUCUCGUGAAGUUCCACAGGCAGAAGCAUAUCGAGAUCCACGAGACGCACGUGAUACACGCCAGCCAUCCUACCACGCAUCCUCUGCGCGAUAUCCGGACAGGCCUCAGUCCAUGUCCAUGAAUCCGCGUAAGACCAGCUAUCGCUACACACCUGGCACCGGUGCCGAACAGGUUUCACGAAUGGCUCCCGCCAAAGAGCCCUUCUCCAGAGAGUAUGGCUUGUACGGCGAAACCCCCAGCACACGCUCGCCACAACAGCGCCCCAAUGAAGAUGUCAGACAUUCUAAAUCUUUGCGGCCGGAGUUCAAGAUGCAAAGUGGUUACAGUUACACAGCACACCCCAGCGGUGAGCGACCGCAGGUGAGCCGCAACCAUAGCGGCGGUGUAUAUCAGUCUGCCCGCGCAGCAUGAUUUGAGGCCGUUUGAAGUGAUGGAACAGGCAGCAAUACAGCGAGCGAUUCACAGACCAUGAAUCCCACUCGCGUGUACAUUAUCGACCCAGAUCGCGAAGCAUUCACACGUGCUCGGCAGCGUUGGGUACUUUUUACAAUACUUCUUGGCUAUUGAAACGAGCUCACUGCAAGAGAGCUCUUGUUAGCAAGCUGAUUCGACCACAAAUGCCCCAUAAGAGUGGGCCUAUGUAUACUCCAUUGGAUGCCAAAUAGAC